AUGGCUGGAUACAUUUUUGGAAAUGUUCAGAAUAACCUGAACAGGGCAAGGCACAGCUUAGCAAACACUCUUAGCGACAUGAGAUUAGAUGAGAGUUAUAUUAAAAGUAUUCGAAUGAAUAUAAAGAAACGAUUUGAUAAAUUAAUGAAUAAAAUAAUACCUUUUGAAACUAUUGAUGAAAAUAAAAGAUUUGUUGUUAUUAUUGAGAAAAAAAAAAAUUAUGAAAAUUUCCGAUGUCCUAUAUGUAUGUUAAUAUUAUUUAAACCAGUAAGAACAAAAUGUGGUCAUAUAUUUUGUCGAGAAUGUAUAGAAAAAGUUCUCUUAAAAUUUGAUUAUUGUCCUCUGUGUAGAAGUUUUAUAAAAGAUAAGAAAUUAGAUAAUGUAGAUAGUAGUUAUUUAGGUUCCGAAUAUGAAAAUAUAAAAAUUCGAUGUUAUAAAUGUAAAGAAAUAACAAAUAUAAAAAAUUAUGAAAACCAUAUAAUAAAUCAUAUAAUGAAUAUACAUAAAAGUAAUGAUAAACAAAAGAAUUCAAGUGAAGAUGGUGAUAAUUAUAAUUUUCUUAGUAUACAGAAAAAUAAAAAAAAUAGUAAUUAUUUAUAUUCUAUUUCAAAUAAUUAUAUACAUAAUUUUUAUCAUCAUAUUAAUCCAUAUAAUUUCAAUUCUUACUUUAAUAAAAAAUUUCAAAUUAUUUUUAUGAAUGAAUUUUUUAAUUUAUUACAAAAACAUAAUAUAAAUACACAUAUACAUAAUUUUUAUCUUUUAUAUGGUCAAAACAUUUUACAUGAUUUUAAACAUAUAAAUGUAGAAGUACAAGACAUUAUGUGUGAUGUUUUCUUCAUCAUAAAAAUUAGAAGAAAAAAAAAAAAAAAAAAAAAUUAUAAUAAAAAUGAUGUGGAUGAUUAUUUAUAUAUAGAAAAUUCAAAAUAUUUAUCAGAAGAAAAAAAUAAUAUUAUUAUGUCGAACGAUAUAAAUAUGAAUAAAUAUAUUAAUAGUGAUUUCAUUUCUAAUGAAGAAGAAAAUAAAAAAGAUAUAAAUCAAAAUUAUAUUAUAACAAAUAAUAUGAAGAAGAAAAACUCUAUUAUUUUUAAUUCUUAUAAAAAAAAAUUAUAUACUAAUGAUACAUUUGAAAUGUAUCAGAAAAAAUUAUUAAUACAUAAUAAAAAAACACCAAAUAAAUAUAUAUAUAUCUUAUUUGAAUAUAAUACGAAAAAUAUAUUUUUUACACUCCUACAAAAUAUACCAGUAUUUAAAAAUAUGAAUAUUAUAAAAUUGGUUAAGUUUAAUAAUAAAAUAAUGAAUUCUAUAGAACACACAACAAAUAUCAGUAAACAGUUAAUUACCCUCUUCUCUAUUUUGAAUGAAAAAAGAAUUUUAAGAACGUAUCAUAAAUAUUUCUAUAAUUCUAUUCAUUUGUUUCAUGAACUUAUUUAUUCUCUCCUUUUUUCAAAAAAUCAAAAUCAAAAUAAACAAAAUGAAAAUAUAGAUGUUGCAUAUAUGCAAGACAUAUACGAAAUGGAAGAAAAACAAUUAAACGAUAUAAAUUAUUAUAAUAAUUCUCAAAAUUGUCAUAACUAUGAAAAUGAUCAGAAUGAAGAACCAUCUGAAAAAGGUUAUAACUAUAAAAAUGAUCAGAAUGAAGAACCAUCUCAACAUUAUAAUAACAAUGACAAUUUUGUAGAAAAAAUUGAACACAAUUUUAAAAACAUAUUCCUUAAAGAUUAUGAACUUAUGUUCAUUUUAUUUUAUUUGAAAUAUGAAUAUAGACUUCCAUUGCAAUCUGAAUAUCUCUAUUUAUAUUCAGAAAAUUUUAUAGCAAAAAUUUUAAGAGAUCAAGAAAGAGAACAAGAUAUUUUUAUAUCAAAUGUGUAUAGUUAUCAUAGUUUAGAUAUAAUACAAAAUGAAAAUAAAAUGAAAGGAGAAAAUAUAUUAUCUUCAGGAAAUAAUGGAUUUGUAAAAAAUGAUAAAGGUAUAUUUAUUAUAUUAAAAGUACAAAGAGGCAAAUUAAAAAAUCAAGAUAACAAUGACAAUAAUAUUAUAGACAACAAAAAUAAUUGUAAUGAAAUAUUAAAUAAUAAUCAAUAUAUUAAUUCAAUUGAAGAAAAUAUGAACAAUUCUGAAUAUACUAAUAAAAAAGAUUUUUAUAAAAAAUAUGUUCAGAAAAAUAUGAAUAAAAUAAAUACAAAUACAAAAAAUAUAAAUCAUUAUUAUGAUAUACAUAAUGUCUGUUAUGUUAUUAUAUCUUAUUCAACAAAAGGUUUUCAAUGGUAUCUUAAUAAUUCUUUAGAUUUUUUAAAUAAAAAACAAAUUGAAUAUAAAAGUCAAGAGGUAUUUUUUCAUAUUGAUAAAUUAAUUCUUUUCUUUUUUAAUAUCAGAAAUAAAAAGUAUAGUUCCGUCUUCUGGAACUCUACACAUCUGUUUCAGUGCAUGCUCAACUUUUGUUGUGAAUAA